UCAUUUGCCCAUCACUGUGUUGCAGCAAGUACACUCCUUCCCAACAACCCCUGAAGCGGUGUACAUAGUGCUAACAGCUUGCAGUUCAAAAGUGAAACUGACCACGUCACAAAGUAUUUGCAUUCCGACCAAAAACACAACAAUAACGCAACAUAAUGAGCAAAGUGACAUUUAAAAUAACGCUAACAUCGGAUCCUAAACUGCCGUUUAAAGUGCUCAGCGUACCAGAGGCGACGCCCUUCACCGCCGUGCUCAAAUUCGCCUCCGAGGAGUUCAAGGUGCCCGCGGAGACGAGUGCUAUCAUCACAGACGACGGCAUUGGAAUCAGUCCUCAACAGACAGCUGGCAAUGUGUUCCUCAAGCACGGCUCCGAGCUGCGUCUGAUUCCUCGAGAUCGCGUCGGUCACUAAACUAAUUUACUCCCCUUUAUCCGUUAAAAUAAAUCGAGAUUUGUAAUCCCUUAAACAAAAAAAAGAAAA